UCGUUGGCUCGACCAAUCAGAUGCUUCUCCGCUCUCUGCCCAUAUGGCUCUGCGUGUUUCCUUCGUAAUCGUUACAGCUGUAGCUCUAGUUUGAGACAUACAGACUGCCGUCGGGAGCGGAAAGAUUCAUACAUGGCAACUCGUAUGAGACCAAGCAGCAAGCGCUGUGCUGUCAUCGGGGGAUCUGGGUUUCUGGGCGGGCACCUCGUGGAGCGUCUGCUGGACAGAGGAUACACAGUGAAUGUGUUUGAUAUCAGACAGGCCUACGAGCUUCCGGGAGUGACGUUUCACCAAGGAGACUUGUGUGACCGACAGGCCUUGCUGGUGGCUUUGAAAGAAGUGUCUAUAGUGUUUCACUGUGCUUCACCUGCUCCCUCCAGCGACGACCGUGCUCUGUUUCAGAGGGUUAAUAUUGAUGGGACACAAACUGUCAUACAGGCCUGUCAUGAGGCAGGAGUACAGAAGUUAAUCUUGACCAGCAGCGCUAGUGUGGUGUUCGAAGGAACUGACAUCAAGAACGGGAUCGAGGACCUGCCUUACGCAAAAAAGCCGAUUGAUUAUUAUACAGAGACUAAAAUCCAACAGGAGAAGCUGGUGUUGGAGGCUUGCAGUAAAGACAAGGGCUUCCUCACUGUUGCUAUUCGUCCUCAUGGCAUCUUCGGCCCCCGGGACCCCCAGUUAGUGCCCAUCCUGGUAGACACAGCCCGCAGGGGAAAGAUGAAGUUCAUCAUCGGAGACGGAUCCAAUCUUGUGGACUUCACCUAUGUGGAGAAUGUAGUUCAUGGGCAUAUUUUAGCAGCAGAACACCUUAAGGCUGAUUCUCCGCUCUGUGGUCAGGCUUACCACAUAACCAACGACGAGCCGGUGCGUUUCUGGGACUUCAUGUCUCAGGUUCUGGUGGCUCUGGGCUACGGCGCUCCUCGGUACCACCUGCCCUACGCACUGGUCUAUGGGCUGGCCCUGCUGCUGUGGCUGAUCGCUGCGCUGCUGCGGCCCCUGAUCCGGAUCAAGCCCACCUUCACCCCGAUGAGAGUAGCUCUGGCUGGCACCCACCACUACUACAGCUGCGCCCGGGCCAAAAAGGACAUGGGUUACCAGCCCCUGGUGCCUUUACGAGAGGCGAUAGUGCGCACUGUGGAGAGCUACCCACAUCUGCGGAAGGGAGCGUGACGCCACCGUGAUCGUUUGCCGAGCUGCAAUAUGAGCCUUGCAUGUAUCCGUUGGAUUACCCGUGUUUACUAGGCAAUAUUAACUAUGCACUUAAUCAUUCCUGUACUAAACGUACCAGGAUGUAAACGUCACGUUGUUCAAUUGCAUUCUGUUCUGGUCCGAAAGAAUUCAUUCAGAUUAUGUAACAGUUGUUCAGUUUUAUGAAACGUUGCAGUAUAAAUUUCGAAUCGACUUUCUAAUCGUGUCGCGCUCCUUUUUUUGGGGAUACCUGAGAUGCAACGGGAUUUUCUUGCCAUUUAAUGGGACGCUUUGCACAUACAGUUGAAGUCAAACGUUUGCGUACACCUUGCAGAAUCUGCGAAAUGUUAAAUAUUUUACCAAAAUAAGAGAAAUCAUAGAAACUUUUUGAAUGUGAAGAUCAGUGUCUUCUGGAAAAUGUCUAAGUAUCAACUGUAGCUUCUGAAUGGCAGUGCUAAAUUAAUAUAAAAAAGCCCAUGGUCACUCUGUUUAAAUGUUCUCAAUGGCUUUUCCUUUCUCCGUUUAAACCUUCUGUAGUAGUUAAAGAGUCCCUCAGUUCUCCUAAGUGUAUAAAGAUGCAUCUCCAAAUCAUACGGUCGUCGUUGGAAAGGAUUCAAAUGCUCAAAAAACGAAAAAAUUGUGGGAUUGUUCAGGCAACAACACCGUAUUAAGAUUCAAACUUUUCAAGCGGGUCAUUUUUAUUGAAUUAUACAUUUUUGUAAACGUGAAACAUCUUAUUCAAGUCAGUGUGAAAUAAACAAUAACAUGCGUUUU